UCCAGACAGUCGCCAUUGAAAGGUGAAAACUACGCUAAAUGUCGGUGAUGAUUUUAAGAUUUUGAGUGGUUUCUUUAAGAUUGAACCUGUUUUUAGUGUUGUGAAAUGAAAAUGAAGUGUUCAGGACUACCAUGACGCAUCAAAAUCACCAAACAAACGGUGCAAGUCUUGAGGAUUGCCACACAAACUUCUUCGCCUUGACGGAACUUUACGGCAUAAAAUGGCGUAAGCUCGUCUGGGGAGAGUCGAGCGGCGAGGGCGGCGAGGAGGGCACGGCACUAACGGACCCUGUGAUCAGCAGCUACGCGCGCUGCCUCGCCGGCGACAUCCUGUGCGUGUGGCGGCGCGUGCCGGCGCCCCAGCCGCCGCCGGACCUCUAUGAGGUGCAGGCGCCCGCGCCGCCGCCGCCGCUCUCGCUGCGCGCCGCCAAGGAGCUCUGGAUAUUCUGGUACGGCGAGGAGCCGGACCUGAACGGACUCGUCGCACCUGAACUCAUCGCGAGCCAAGGAGAUCAAGGAUCUUGGGAAAGUGGUCUAUCCUACGAAUGCCGUUCAUUGCUGUUCAAGGCACUUCACAACCUCAUCGAGAGAUGCCUUCUUUCGCGAGACUUCGUGAGACUUGGCAAGUGGUUCGUACAACCUUACGAUGGCGACGAAGAGGACGUUGGCAAAAGCCCGUGGCACCUGUCCUUCUCGUUCGCGUUCUUCCUGCACGGCGAGAGCACGGUGUGCGCGUCAGUGGACGUGCGACAACACCCUCCAGUGCGCACGCUCACCUCCAAGCGGCUCGCACGACUCAACGCCAACGACCAUCCAACACACGCCAAAGUGAUCCUGGCGCCUUUCGGCCUGGAGGGAACGGUGACUGGACGCGAAUGGGGCGAGGCGGACGCGGCCACGGCGCGUCUGCUGGACGCUUGGAGGCAGCUCUACCCGCUGGAGCAGGGAUGCGGCGCCGUAGAGGUGGUGUGUGGAGGGGCGCGCAUGCGGUACCCGUUGCCGUACGUGCUCGUGACGGAGAUGGAGGCGCGCGCCCCGCCGCCCCCGCCCGCCGCCGCCCUCGCGCGCCGCGCGUUGCACGCCCUCACCACGCCCGCACCCCACCAGUCAUCUGAAGUGUGCUACAGUGAAACUGCAGACAAAGGUGAAGAUUUCCUCGAUCCGACCCGCAAGACGCCUUGCACCUGCGCUAAAUGGCGCCGCCGCCGCGCGCCCCGCGCCCCGCGCCCCGAGCCCUUCCACCGCCGCGCCCCGCCCCCGCCCCGCCACCGCGCCCGCCCGCACCCGCCGUGAGUACACUUGUGUGUCCCACCUCCACCACGAUCAUUCCCCCGAAUCAUCACUCCCCCCAUCGACG